AUGGCUUCGUCUCCCGAGGCGGACUUUCAGCGCUGCCCGCUGUGCCACGAGCGGUGCACCCCGUCCCGCUGCCUGCAGGCCCUGUCCUGCCUGCACGCCGUCUGCUGCCAGUGCCUGGAGGCGCAGCGCCCGCCAGCGGCCGCGUUCGAGCUGCGUUGCCCCAUCUGCCAGCGGAAGGCGACGCUCUCGGAGCCCUGGGGCAUGGACGCGCUGCCCUCCUCCAGCUUCCUCCUCGGCAACCUGCAGGACGUGGUGGGGCCCGCCACCGAGGAGCAGAACCACAGCAGCCGGGGCCCCACUCCCCUCCCGCGGCAGCAGCGGCACCGCUGGUCCAGCAGCGGCUCGUCCCCCGCCGCCGCCUCUGCGGCCGCCCCGGACCGGGCCAGCUACUGCAUGCGCCACGGCGACGAGGUACUGCAUUUCUAUUGUGACACUUGUUCUGUCCCCAUCUGCUGGGAAUGCACCAUGGGACCACAUGUGAGUCAUAUCAUUCUCAACCUCAAAGAUGCCCUCCAGGAUUCCAGAACCCUCACCAUUGAACUACUGGGAGAUGCUCAGCAAGGACGCCGGGAUAUUCAGCUGAGUAUUGAACAGGCCCAAGCUGUGGCAGAGCAGGUUGAGAUGAAAGCAGAGGUGCUGCAGUCUGCAAUCAAAACUAUGACAUAUCGACAUAAGAAGGCUCUGGAAAAACGGGAGCGUGAGCUGCUAUGGAAGGUAGAAAAGAUUAAUCAAGUCAAAUCCAAGUCUCUUUACCUGCAAGUUGAGAAGUUGCGUCAGAAUCUAAAUAAACUGGACAACACUAUUAGUAUAGUUCAGCCGGUCCUAGAGGAGGGUCGUAGCAUGAAUAUUCUCUUCGCUCGGGAUUGCAUGCUGGCUCAAGUGCAGGAGCUGAAGGAUGUGAGAGGCCUUCUACAGCCGCAGGAGGAUGACCGAAUCAUGUUCACUCCUCCUGACCAGUCUCUGUAUACAGCCAUUAAAUCAAUGGGGUUUGUCAGCAGUGGGGCUUUUGCUCCUCUGACCAGAGCCACUGGGGAAGGUCUGAAACGUGCACUACGGGGCAGAGUGGCCUCCUUCACAGUGACAUGCUACGACCAUGAUGGUGACCCACGCCUUUCAGGGGGUGAUAUGAUCUCUGCAGUGGUGAUGGGUCCUGAUGGAAACCUGUCCAGCACAUAUGUCCAUGAUCAGCAGAAUGGAACCUACCUGGUCAGUUACAGACCACAGCUGGAGGGAGAACAUCUAGUCUCUGUCAUGAUGUGCAAUCAUCACAUAGAGAACAGUCCGUUCAAGGUCAUAGUAAAAUCUGGGCUCGGUUACAUUAGCAUUGGACUAUCAGGGCUUUCAUUUGUCAGCGAGGAAAACAACGAUGGCAAGCUGUGUCGCCCCUGGGGAGUUUGCGUAGACAGAGAAGGGUACAUCAUGGUGGCUGAUCGCAGUAAUAACUGCAUUCAGGUGUUUAAGCCCUGUGGCACCUUUCAUCACAGAUUUGGCACCUUGGGUUCUGCGCCUGGCCAGUUCAAUCGCCCUGCUGGUGUUGCCUGUGAUAUCUCGCGUAGGAUUGUCGUGGCUGACAAGGCUAAUCAUCGCAUCCAAAUCUUUACAUUUGAUGGGCAGUUCAUUCUGAAAUUUGGGGAAAAGGGAAACAAGAAUGGACAAUUCAAUUACCCAUGGGAUGUGGCAGUCAACGCCGAGGGCAAAAUCCUGGUCUCUGACACAAAGAACCAUCGGAUUCAACUGUUUGGACCUGAUGGUGGGUUUCUGAAUAAAUACGGCUUCGAGGGGGGACGCUCAAAGCAUCUUGAUCAUCCCAGAGGUGUUACCUUCAAUCGAGAAGGCUACCUGGUGGUAAUGGAUUUUAAUAAUCAUCACCUUGUAGCUAUUGAUCCAGAUUGCCAGUCGGCACGCUUCCUUGGGUCAAAAGGCACCAGAAAUGGCCAAUUCCUGUGCCCACAAGGCGUGGCUGUGGAUCAAGAGGGGUGCACCAUUGUGGCCGAUUCUAGGAACCACCGAGUGCAGAUAUUUCAGUCAAAUGGCAGAUUUUUAUGCAAAUUUGGCACUCAGGAAAGUGGCUUUGGUCAAAUGGACCGACCUUCAGGUGUAGCUGUCACCCCAUAUGGCAUGAUUGUUGUGGUUGACUUUGGAAACAAUCGAAUUCUCAUCUUCUAAUCUGUCUUGCCUGAAUUAGGAAGAAACUGUCUCAAGGAAAUUCUUUUUAAGAGAAUGAAAAAAAUACGUUAAU